AUGUCGGAGUCAGAAGAGAACGGAGAGGGACCCCCCAAGGGGCUGCCAUCUUUCGCUGAAGCCAUGGGACAGCCCCUGGGGUGGCCGAUAGGCGAAGCCAAUGGGGGUCCGGCGGGCGGAGGGACCCCACCGGGUCAGCGUCACCGACGUCCCCCCCACACCAAGCACAAGGGUCAGGGCACCGGGGGGGUCCACCGUUCCCCCCGUGCCCUCUUCUGCCUCCGCCUCAACAACCCCAUCCGCCGGGCAGCCAUCAGCAUCGUUGAGUGGAAGCCCUUCGACAUCCUCAUCCUCGCCACCAUCUUCGCCAACUGCGUGGCCCUGGGGGUCUACAUCCCCUUCCCCGAGGAUGACUCCAACGCUGCCAACCACAACCUAGAGCAAGUGGAGUACGUCUUCCUCAUCAUCUUCACUGUGGAGACCUUCCUGAAGAUCAUCGCUUACGGGCUGGUCCUCCACCCCAGCGCCUACAUCCGCAAUGGCUGGAACCUCCUCGACUUCGUCAUCGUCAUCGUGGGGCUUUUCAGCGUCAUCUUGGAGCAGAUCCUGGGCUACUUCGACUACGCCUUCACCUCCAUCUUCACCGUGGAGAUCCUGCUCAAGAUGACGGCCUUCGGCGCCUUCCUGCACAAAGGCUCCUUCUGCCGCAACUGGUUCAACCUCCUCGACCUGUUGGUGGUCGGAGUCUCCCUCAUCUCCUUUGGCAUCCACUCCAGCGCCAUCUCGGUGGUGAAGAUCCUGCGGGUCCUGCGCGUCCUGCGGCCCCUGCGAGCCAUCAACCGCGCCAAGGGCCUCAAGCACGUGGUGCAGUGCGUCUUCGUGGCCAUCCGCACCAUCGGGAACAUCAUGAUCGUGACCACGCUGCUCCAGUUCAUGUUCGCCUGCAUCGGGGUGCAGCUCUUCAAGGGCAAGUUCUACAGCUGCACCGACGAGGCCAAGCACACGCCAGGAGAGUGCAAGGGCACCUUCCUGGUGUACAAGGACGGGGACGUCUCCCACCCCUCGGUGCGGGAGCGCCUCUGGCACAACAGCGACUUCAACUUCGACAACGUGCUGGCGGGGAUGAUGGCGCUCUUCACCGUCUCCACCUUCGAGGGCUGGCCCGCGCUGCUGUACAAGGCCAUCGACGCCAACGCCGAGGACCAGGGUCCCAUCUACAACUACCGGGUGGAGAUCUCCAUCUUCUUCAUCGUCUACAUCAUCGUCAUCGCCUUCUUCAUGAUGAACAUCUUCGUCGGCUUCGUCAUCAUCACCUUCCGGGCGCAGGGGGAGAGCGAGUACCGCAACUGCGAGCUGGACAAGAACCAGCGACAGUGCGUGGAGUACGCCCUGAAGGCGCAGCCGCUGCGGCGCUACAUCCCCAAGAACCGCACCCAGUACCGCGUCUGGGCCAUGGUCAACUCCACCGCCUUCGAGUACAUCAUGUUCGUCCUCAUCCUCCUCAACACCAUCGCCCUGGCCGUCCAGCACUACGAGCAGUCCAAGCCCUUCAACUACGUGAUGGACCUGCUCAACAUGGUGUUCACGGGGCUCUUCACCAUCGAGAUGGUGCUCAAGAUCAUCGCCUUCAAACCCCGGCACUACUUCUGCGACGCCUGGAACACCUUUGACGCCCUCAUCGUGGUGGGCAGCGUGGUGGACAUCGCUGUCACCGAGGUCAACACCUUCGGGAAGGUGGCGCUGCAGGACGGGACCCAGAUCAACCGCAACAACAACUUCCAGACCUUCCCCCAGGCCGUGCUGCUGCUCUUCAGGUGCGCCACAGGGGAGGCCUGGCAGGAGAUCAUGCUGGCCAGCCUGCCGGGCAAGCGCUGCGACCCCGAGUCGGACGCGGGACCGGGCGAGGAGUUCACCUGCGGCAGCAACUUCGCCAUCGCCUACUUCAUCAGCUUCUUCAUGCUCUGCGCCUUCCUGAUCAUCAACCUCUUCGUGGCUGUGAUCAUGGACAACUUCGACUACCUGACGCGCGACUGGUCCAUCCUGGGCCCCCACCACCUGGACGAGUUCAAGCGGGUCUGGUCCGAGUACGACCCCGCUGCCAGGGGCCGCAUCAAGCACCUGGAUGUGGUGACGCUGCUGCGCCGGAUCCAGCCCCCCCUGGGCUUUGGGAAGCUCUGCCCCCAGGAAGAGGUCACCGUGGGCAAGUUCUACGCCACCUUCCUGAUCCAGGACUAUUUCCGCAAAUUCCGGCGGCGGAAGGAGCGGGGGAUGCUGGGCCCCAACGCUGGCCCCAGCAACGAGUGUGCGCUCCAGGCCGGGCUGCAGACGCUGCAGGCGCUGGGCCCUGAGAUGCGGCGGGCGCUGAGCUGCGACCUCGAGGGCGACGACGACGAGGGACCGGCCGCCACCGAGGAGGAGCAGCUGACCUACGCCGCUCCCGAGACCCUGUACGGCUCCGGCCCCAGCCCCCCCCUCCUGGGGGAGCCCCCCCCGGCCGGCAGCCCGGCCCCCACCGAGGGGGAGGACCCCGCGCCCCUUCCCCACAUCGUCCCCAGUCGCCUCGGCAGCAGGCGGCGCUCGGAGGCGGGGGGCCAGGAAGAGCCAGGCCCCCCCGAGGACGGGGAAGAGCCGCGGGGGGAGCCGGGCGACAUCAGCCACGAAGAGGACCCGGAGGGCUCGGCCCCCCGCCACCGGUGGGGCGGGGACAGACCGCUGGGGACCGUUCCCGCCCCCCUGCCCCCGCGCUGGGCGGGAGAGGGGCCGCGGGGGGGGUCGCUGCCGCUGCCCUCCCGGCGCUUCGCCCUCCACAACGGGACCCUCGAAGGGCAGCAGCUCAAGCGGCGCCGGCUCCUGCCUCCCACCCCCGCAGGCCGGAAGCCCUCCUUCACCAUCCAGUGCCUGCGGCGCCAGGGCAGCUGCGAGGACGAGCCCAUCCCGGGCACCUACAACCCCUCGGGCCCCCCCGGCCCCGCGCGGCCCCAGGGCUACGGCAGCUCCGAGACUUGGCGCCUGGGGGGCUCCUCGCACGCCUGGGCCACGGCCCCCACCCGCGGCCACGUCCUCUACGCGCCCCUCAUCCUGGUGGAGGGAGGACCGGCGCCGGGGGUGUCGGCGGGAGGAGGCGGGGGGAGCCUCCCCCCGCUCUCACGCUGGUUCGUGGGGGACCACGGUCCCCCCGGCCCCCUCCGCCUGCGACCCUGCGGACCUCGGGACAGGCUGGGCCGCGGCUCCGCGGACAGCCUGGUGGAAGCCGUGCUCAUCUCCGAGGGGUUGGGGCUGUUCGCCCGCGACCCCAAAUUCGUGGCGGUGGCCAAACGAGAGAUCGCCGACGCCUGCGACAUGACGAUGGACGAGAUGGAAAGCGCCGCCACCGACCUCCUCACCCGCCGGC